AUGACUGAUGAACAACAUCGUAAAAGUAAAGAUCAUAUUAUUUCAAAUCUUAAUUCAAAGAAAAAAAAAAAUAUUCGAGUAUUUGUUCGACGAAAAAGUUUACCACAUGGUAUUUUACAUAAAUCUAUUUCAACCAAAUCAUAUACUAUCAAACAUUUAACUGCAACUAUAGAAAAACAUUUAAAUAUAAAUAAAAAAAAUUUACGAAAUAAUAAAAAUAUUAUUGUCGUAAAUUAUCAACCGGUGUUCGUUCAUUCUCAUCAACAAAAAUCUAUGGAAUCAAAAACAAUACGAACAUAUCCAUCAACAACUCAUAAUAAUCGACGAACUAGUAUAAGAACAAUAUCAAAUACUAAUAAUUCAUUAUUUCAUUCAAAAACUAAUUAUACUUUAAAUCGACAACCUUCUUCAUUCGAUCUAGCUGAUGUUGAAGAUCCAUUAAUAUAUAUUGAAAUGAUGUAUCAACAAUUAUUUACUGAAAAUGGACAAUUACGUAGUGGAGUUGAACCAACAGUUGUAGCAAAUCGUGUUAAAGAAAUUGUAACAAAUUCAAGAAGAAAUUCAAUGACACGAAGAGAUUCGCUAACAUCAAAUUUUUAUCAAGAGAAAUGUUUAUUAACACCAUUUACUCAUUCAAUAUCAUCAAAACGGAAAUCAAUUUCAGCGCCUUGUUUCGUAACUAAUACAUUUAGUGUAGAAGAAGAAGAAGAAUUUAAUCCACUAUUACAAACAAGUAGAAUUCCUACUACUUCCAAACGAAGUUCACCACGAUCAAGUGUAGAUAAUACAGAUUCUCGUCUACAACGAUUUCAUGCAUUUUUUAAUUCAUGUUAUCAACAUGAUCAAAAACGAACAUCAAAAAAUGAAAUUACAACUAAUUCUAAUUAUCCAUUUUCUACUGAUGAUACAGAUAAUGAAGAUUUUGAUAGAUUUUCUGAUUUCAAUUCUUGCCAAAAAACAUUUCCUACAUCACAACCAGAAAGUAUUGAUGAAAAUAUAACUCGUACUGAUUCUAAACUUUUAUUUUCAUCUGGUUAUCAAUCAUUACAAUCACCACAACCAAUUAAAUACAAAAUACAUUCAGAAAAUGAUCAUUAUAAUUAUUCAAAGUGUAUACAUAUACCAGAAAUUGUUAUCACACCUCCAACAGGAUCAUUGAUUACCAUUCAACCAGUACGAGAUGUAUUUACAAAGCUUCUUAAUUUUGUUUUUAUUUCAAAAGAUAUUUUUCUUGUACCUUUACGCAUUUUUCUUUUACGUCAAGAAUCAAUGCCAAUAACUUAUUAG